AUGGGAUCGGCGUGCGCGAAACCGUCGUCGACGACGCCGGGCGCGCGCGCGCCCCCGGGACCGGCGGCGACGCCGGUGAAGUCGAUUUUAAAGCCCACGACGGGGCGGGAGAAUGACAUCGCGCGCGCGACGGCGACGCCGAACGCGGCGACGACGACGACGACGACGGCGACGAAGAAGGGGGCGAACGUCACGUUCGCGGGCGUGGACGCGGAUGAGGGGAUGGAGAGCGAGGACGAUGAGACGGGUGGAUGGGGAUUCAGAGGGCGAUCGUUCGGCGGGCGGGCGGGCGGGUCGGGGGACGACGGAGGCGGAGACGAACGGCGAGGGAGUUUCACGGCGUCGGUGCCGGUGGUGGUGAAGGAAGAGGAGGCGCAUUGGUUCUUGUCGAUCGGUGUGGAUACGAGAAAGGCGGCGGCGACGGUGAUGAAGAGUCGUCUCGUCGCGGCGCGGGUGGAGGAGGAACGCUUGCGAGAACUCGUGCUCGAGGCGGAGCGCGCGAGGAGCGAAGCGGAGGGCGAGGCGAGACGGCGGACGAGUCAAGAUGAUAUCGCGAACGAUGGGAGUCGGAGUGGGACGAGCGAUUCGGGGACGCCGACGACGCCUUUAGGGCAGAGCGCGCUGAUGCCUUGGGACGUCAUGGUGACGGUUGCUCGGGCGAGAGAGGGAGACGCCCGCGCGGCUUUGCAAAAGGCCACGCUCGUGGUGAAGAAGCUCGCGCACGCGGCGGCGAUGUGGGAGCUGAAAUCGGCGAAAAGGGCUCGACAGGACAUCGCGGAACACCUGCAGAAGAUUGAGGAAAAGAAGGGCAGGCGCCUGGUGUCGGCGGCGCAAACCAGGACGACAUUUGAGACGGCGACGGAGGAACGCGAGCGUGAGCUCGCGAAGACGCCACAGCUCGAAGACGCACGUUUAACCGCCGAUGGCAACCUAGCAGAGGCGACGGCGCGCGUGCAUGCCGCGAGAACGGCGCUUCAGAAUGCUCGCGAUAGGAAGAAGGGCAUCCUGUCGACGUUCCGGAACGCCGUGCACACGUCGAUGGAAUCGAGCGUUGACCUGUUGGAGUUCAGGCAGAAAGAGUUCUCUCUUCGAGCGUCGAAUGUCACCAAGACGAUGUUUGUCGCUUACGACGAGAUGACGCACCGCCUCGAGGAGGCGUUGAUCAACGCUAUGGAUGCUGUCGCGAAGAAAUCACCGGCAAAGUACAACAAGAGCAUUGACAUUGAAUCCGCCGCCGCGCUCACCGCACGUGAUCGAGCCGAGGCGUCUCUGAACGACGCGACGAGUCAGUGCAUGGCGGAGAUGCGUGCCUUGGAGGCGUCCACGAGAAGUUUACUCGCUGACGUCGACGAAGAGAUCAAACUCGGGAUUGACGAGUACUACGCCGCCGCAGAGGACGAGCGCGUGUGCUACCUCGAGGCGCAGCGUUGCACCAUUGCGUGCAAAAUGUCGCACGCCGCCGUGCAGGUGUACGAAGAUCAAUACCACGCGACGAAAAGUAUGUCAGAGGAGGCACGGAUGUGGGCGUCCGCGCUCGAUGAAGAGAUCGACGUUCUGAAUAAAGACUUACAAAUCGCCGAAGGGCAACAGAAACAAGCGGAGGAGGCCGCGGAGGCAGCACAAGAGGAAGUGAACGCGGCGGAAAGCGCGUGCAACUCCGAGCUGACGUGGACGGACGAUCCCAACGAGAAAAGCGCGCGAAAAGAGAGCGUACGAAACGUGUUCGAGGUCAUUACUCAGUUUAGUAAGAUGAUUCGCGAUAAGUCGGCUCCCGGUGGUAGCGACAAUACGAGUCUCGUGCAACUCUCUAUGCAAGCCUCGGGCGCGGACUCUCCACGGACGUCUGAAGAACGACCUCGUCGUUCGGUGCUGGGAUUUUCCACCUCGAUAUCGGAUGCGGACACGACGAUGGAGAGCAUCAUGGAGAAGGCGCACGAGCUCGAACACUCUCGCGACGUCCAGACGCUCACCCGCAACGUUUCGCGAGACGCGUUGUCGUACAACCCGCUUCAAGCGUCGAACGUGCCUCGUUAA